GAUCGGCCGACUGCGAACAUCAAAAUCAAACAUCAAAAUCAAACCUCAAAAAACUAGACCCUCAAAUUUUCAACUGCACAACAAACAUUUUUCCGAGAUUCAUUAUUGAGUCCUACAUACACAAUUUGACCAGAGAAAAUGCCUGCACCAACAGCUUUGUUGAGGAAACAAGAGGAGCUCGCUGAGGCUUCUAGUGUACCAUUGCCAAAUCAAAGUAAUUGAAUUCAUGCCCCAGCCGCUGCAAUCAUGGAAAUAGUUGCUAAUAUCAGUUCAGACCAAGACGAUGAGUUUCUAUUAGAUGCACCAGAAGUUACCUCGGCGGAAUUGGAUACCAUCUUGCCUCCAGCCGCCGACGACAGUGAGAUGCACAUUGAUGAAGAAGGACGACCUCGAUUUGCACCAGCCAAGAAUAUUGUACGACUUAGAAUCUAUCAAAUCCCCAGAAUCUGCGCAUGCGAUUAUUCUAACAGAAAAAUAGGACCCAGCAACUCGGGUAGAAACCCGCAAAGUUCCAAUUCCUCCACACCGCAUGACCCCCCUCAAAGCCUCCUGGCCCAAGAUCUACCCUCCUCUUGUCGAACAUCUUAAACUUCAAGUCCGCAUGAAUAUCAAAAACAAAGCUGUUGAACUCCGUACCUCCAAACACACUACCGAUACCGGGUCCUUGCAGAAGGGCGAAGAUUUCGUAAAGGCGUUUUCGCUAGGUUUCGACGUCGACGAUGCUAUUGCAUUAUUGCGACUUGACGACCUUUACAUCCAGACUUUUGAGAUUAAGGAUGUCAAGACUUUACAGGGCGAGCACUUGGGAAGAGCCAUUGGCCGUAUCGCAGGCAAGGACGGAAAAACCAAAUUUGCUAUCGAGAAUGCGAGCCGGACAAGAGUGGUUCUUGCAGAUAGCAAAAUCCACAUUCUGGGAGGCUUCAAGAAUAUUCAUAUUGCAAGAGAGGCAAUUGUCAGUCUGAUUUUGGGAAGUCCACCUGGAAAGGUUUAUGGUAAUUUGAGAACCGUGGCGAGUAGAAUGAAGGAGAGAUUUUAAAAUCUGGACUGCAAGAUCUAGACUUACGACAUGGAAAUGCAUUUGCUAGGCGUUGUGGUGGUGUUCGGGGGAGGGAAUAUACUGGGGAAAGCAUCGUUUUGGCAUCGACGAAUGCAUCAUAUGUUAUCAUUUGAGGUCAUGUGGACCGAGGGCGACUCUUCAGUAUUCACGAAAUAUCAGAGCUUAAUUGGAACAUUUUGUCCAUAGAAAAUACACGUAUACAACCUCAAAUAGGCGAGCAUCCGAGGUUUUGAAAUUCGGCUAGAAAAACUACUCCC